AUGUCGUAUUUUUACGCUGCUUAUUCGAAUUCUACUUGUACCAUAUCAAAUGAUAAUAAUUCUGAAAUGACCAAAGUCAACGAUCCUUCCAUCAGCCCCAUCAGACAAAUCUCUGCAUCCUCUUCUCCUGACAUUACUACCAACAAGAAUGACAAGAAAAAGAAGUCUCUCCUUCCCAAGAUUUUCGGUUCAAAGAGAACUGGGAGAGGCUCAGACGAUGAUGCUUUCACCAAGCCACACGAGGAAGGAGAUCAAGGAGUUACUCUUGAUUUGGAGAAGAAGAUUGAAUCCAGAAGAAAAGCUUUAAUGGAAGUGUCUCCCUUCAUGAGAAAAAGCUUCUCAGAAAGGGAGACUAGCCCAGGAAUCGAAGGCCUAAAUUUGUCAACUUUUGAACGACCUGUGGGUCCAGAAACUGAAAGACAGAGUUUCAGGAUAUUUGUUGCCACUUGGAAUGUAGGAGGAAAAUCUCCAAACUAUGAUCUGAACCUUCAAGAUUUCUUGCUAGUGGAGGGCUCUGCAGAUGUAUAUGUAUUGGGGUUUCAAGAAAUAGUUCCCCUAAGCGCUGGGAAUGUAUUGGUAAUAGAAGACAACGAACCUGCAACAAAGUGGUUAACAUUGAUAAGUCAGGCACUAAACAGGCCAAGAAACGAGUACAACGAUCCGUAUGAUUUGAACUUGAAGAACUCGAGGGAGUUGAAAGGGCCUACAAGUCUAAACUUCUUUCAGAAGUCGUCUCUGAAAAUUGUGAGCAAAAGCUUCAGAGCAGAGGGCAGCAGCCUCCUUAAGGCAUGCAAUUGUCCAGUGGAAUCUCCAACCAGCAGAGACAGAAGGAGGGUGAGAAAGUUUAGUGAUCCUGUUAGUAAGAUAGAUAAUGAGAUUCGUGGUGAGAUUAGCAUGGAAGAGUUGCUCUCCAUUGCAGAGAUACCAAUGACUUCCCAAAACAAGUAUUCCCUUAUAUCAAGUAAGCAAAUGGUUGGCAUUUUUCUCACUGUAUGGACUAAGAAGGAGUUGGUACCUCACAUUGGCCAUCUUAGAGUAGAUACUGUUGGAACGGGAAUCAUGGGUUGCCUAGGUAACAAGGGGUGUAUAUCAAUGAGCAUGACAAUACAUCAAACAAGCUUUUGUUUCAUCUGUAGUCACUUGGCUUCUGGGGAGAAAGAAGGUGAUGAGAUAAAGAGGAAUGCUGAUGUAGCUGAGAUCCUCAAAGGGAUACAGUUCCCUAGGAUCUGCAAGAACCCUUGUGCCAAAGCCCCUGAAAAGAUUGUUGACCACGAACGAAUAAUAUGGCUAGGUGAUUUGAACUAUCGGGUGGCUUUGAGUUAUGAAGAAACAAGGGUCCUCUUGGAGGAUAAUAACUGGGACACUUUGUUAGAAAAAGAUCAAUUGAACAUUGAAAGAGAGGCAGGAAGGGUGUUCAAUGGAUUCCAAGAGGGAAGGAUCUUAUUUGCCCCAACUUACAAGUAUUCUCAAAAUUCAGACUCCUAUGCCGGGGAGACUGUCAAAUCCAAGAAAAAACGCAGAACCCCAGCAUGGUGUGAUAGAAUACUAUGGCGUGGCAAAGGCAUUGAACAACUAUCAUAUAUACGAGGAGAGUCAAGGUUCUCUGACCACAGGCCCGUUUGUGCUGUCUUCUCUGUGGAUGUGGAAGUUAGAAACAGAAACAACAGGUUCAGGAAGGGUUACUCGUAUGCUCACCCAAGACUUGAAUUCGAAGAUGUAAUGCCUCAAAGACAUAGUUUCUAUGAUUAA